GUCAGGUGGACACCGGCGAGGGUGGGAGCAGUAACUGAGAGUGGAAGCAGAUAAGCGGGGAGGCGAUGGCGAGCUUGCGGCCGCUGCUGACGGCUACAGUGUGUGUGCUCUGCCUGCUUCAGGCGACUGGCACCCGGGCUCAGAACUGCGACCAGGGAGAGGACGGCAGUUGCCGCUCGCAUUGGACCCACCUGUGGUAUGUGUGGUUGAUUCUGUUGACGGUCUUCCUGCUGCUGGUGUGUGGGGUGGCGGCCAGCUGUGUCAAGUGCUGCCGGAGGUCCAAGCCCCAAGCCCCCACCUUUGCCAGCCGACCGUACGAAGUGACUGUGAUCGCCAUUGACAAUGACAGCAGCAUAACACCAAACAGUACCCUGCAGUACAUAUCCACCGGCAGGAAUCACAUGCCGUUGCAGGAUCCCAGUCAACUCGCCCUGCCUCCUCCAUCAUACAGCCUAUGCACCAUUGACAACCCUCCAACCUAUGAGAUGGCCCUGAAAAUGGCCAAAGCUCCUGAGACCACUGACCCAAAGAGCGGGACAGAGAAUCCAAAUGGAAAUGGGGCUCAGAUUCCAGAAAGGAUCAGAGGGCCUGGAUCCACAGAUGGAACAGUUGCAUCAUCUGCAUCGGCAUCGUCAUAGCGAUAGGAACCCCUGAAUCAACAUUUGUCCGUGUACCAUUUUCAGGCAGUGAAAUAUUUUCAGCAAAUUGCUGCAAAACGACUCCAUUACUGAGUAAUGACAUUUGAGCAGUCGCUUUAUCAGGAGGGUGCAUUACCUUUGACGCUAUUCAAUGCAAACAUCCGAGUUUCACAUGAUAUUUUUGCACAAAUGCACGAUGAGUUUUUCGUUCCAUAUUUUCUAUUUAUUUUGCAUUCCAUUUCUACCAGCACUUGUGCAGCUAAAGUUCUCGAUGCCUCAAUUGGGCUCUUCACGUUAAAGAAAGCCCGGCUUUCAAACACACAGCACCGCUGUGCCGAUGGGCACUCAUUUUACGUUGGGAAUCUUCAAGCAUAAUAAAGCAUUUCUAUUUCAUUCAGACAGUUCCAACAUGCAGUGGGGGG